GCGAUCGGGCGCGUUGAGCGCGGGGUGACGCUCCGCCACUGGCUGGAAGUUCCCGCAGCAGAAGGACCACCGCCCCGACCCACCAUGGCCGAUGAGAUCGACUUCACUACAGGAGACGCCGGGGCUUCCAGCACAUACCCGAUGCAGUGCUCGGCCCUGCGCAAGAACGGCUUCGUGGUGCUCAAGGGCCGGCCCUGCAAGAUCGUGGAAAUGUCAACUUCGAAGACUGGCAAGCAUGGCCACGCCAAGGUUCACCUGGUUGGAAUUGAUAUCUUUACGGGCAAAAAAUACGAAGAUAUUUGCCCUUCUACUCACAACAUGGAUGUUCCAAAUAUCAAGAGAAAUGAUUACCAACUGAUUUGCAUUCAGGAUGGGUACCUAUCCCUGCUGACUGAAACUGGUGAAGUUCGUGAGGAUCUUAAGGUUCCAGAAGGUGAAUUGGGCAAGGAAAUUGAAGGAAAAUACAAUGCGGGUGAAGACGUGCAGGUCUCUGUCAUGUGUGCAAUGAGUGAAGAAUAUGCUGUAGCCAUAAAGCCUUGCAAAUAAACAAACCCUCAGGCUCGAGCAAACUGCUUAGGUCUGGCUAAACCCAGGUCUUCACUUUGGUUCUUACUGUCACCAAAGCUCUAGCCUUCCCAAGCAACCUCAACGCCCUUUUUUGGUUUUGGUUUUUUUGUUUGUUUUUUUUUUUCCAGAAUAGUGCUGAAUUCUAAAUUAGUUUUGAAGACAACUGGCAAUUUAAAAAAAAAUUACUUAGAUUUAUAAUUCUCCAUGUAUUCUGUAGAUUAGUUUCCUUCAACAUUCCUAAUAGCUGUUAGUUUAUGGGUCCAAGAAACUGGAUUCUUUUCAGCAGUCAUAUUGUAAUUUGCUUGAGCAAAUAAUUUAAGCUUUAGUUCGAUAGAAGAUAAACCAAGGUUAUAAAUUAAAUAAUAUAGUAUCAAAAUAUCAGAAGUUGGUGAAAUUAAUGCAGCCUAAUUCCAGAUUUAUUAACUUAAAAUAAGGAAGUCUUACAGAAUAAUUACAGUUUAGAACCGUGUGUGCCAAGCACAAUUCUUAAGAGACAAAAAAUUACAGUGAUUCCAAAUUGCCAGUUGCCUUUCAAAAGUUCAAAUGGCUAUGUGCAACUAACUGUAUUACCUCUUAUACUAUUCUUUGCCACCUUUUGGGCAUACUUAUUAUAAUCUUACUCUGUUGUGUCAAAGCCCUGCUUAUGGUCAAGGAGGGACAUUCAGAAUGUUGGGUAAAUGUUACAAAGCUGGGUUAUCUAAUGGGGGCGGAGGGAGUAAUUAAAGCUGGAGAUUUUCACACGAGGCCUUUGUCUUCAGACUGAAAAGUAGAAAAACGCCAUUAUAGUUGGCUUUUUCUUUUAGCUCUUUUUUUUGGAAAUACUAUUAAAAGGAGCAACCAGCUCCUUAAGAUAAUGUUUGCAGAACUCAUGCAUUAAGUAAAUGCUUGGCUUCUAACGGAAUUUUGGCCACUUUAAAACAGAAUAUUUGGCAUGGAAACUUUUGUCAAA